AUGGUCAUAUCCGCUCACAUUCAAUCGCUCGACACUCCAUUAGCAUGCGAAAUUCUGCGCUAUCUUUAUGUAGAUAACGUGCUAAUGACUGCACACAAUGAAGAGAAAGCAGUCCAGAAAAAUCACGAGUCCAAAAAACUUUUCGCUGCACUCGGUAUGAACCUGAGAUCUUUCAUCAGCAAUGCAAGUGCAGUCAACGCACAGCUAGACGAAUCGACGCUAGACGAACGCCUUGCGGUCCAAUGA